UUGGUAAUUUUAUUUUGGCCAAUACCUCAAACACGUAUUGGGCGUCGCGAAACAUGGACUACAAAGCGGGCCUUUUGGUGUUCAUUACCCUUCUGAUUGGAAGCUUGGCCCUUCCAACGCCCGAGGAUGCUUUUUUCGAAGUAGCAGAUGACGUUUCUAUCUUCUUCGACCAAAUCGACGUCAACGCUCGUAUCGUCGGUGGCUCUCCGGCGGCAAUCGGCGGCCACCCUCACAUGGUGGCAAUGACAUCUGGAGCUGUUGUGAGGAGUUUCCACUGCGGAGCAUCGCUAAUCAGCCAACGCACUGUCCUAACUGCUGCUCACUGCAUUGAUGCUGUUUUUAGAGAAGGCGCCCUUCUUAGCACAUUCCGUGUGAACAUCGGCUCCAACCUCUGGAACGGCGGAACCGACUACGUUGUGGCUCGCAAUGUCACCCAUCCGAACUGGUACAGGCCAACAAUUAAGGAAGACAUCGGUGUUCUCAUCACCGCCAUCAACGUAGCUCUUAGCAACCUGGUGCAACCAGUACCUCUCACUUAUGACUUCAUUGGUGGAGGAGUUCCAUCUAUAGUUGCUGGUUGGGGCAGAGUCAGGGCUGGUGGUGCUAUUUCUCGUCAAUUGCUGGAACUGAAACCCACCACUCUUGAUGGUGCUGACUGCAUGAUUCACGUUGCUCGUGCUGGCAUCCUCCUGGGUUCGAGUACUGCUCCACCCAUUGAUACUCGGUUCGAAAUCUGCGCCUACCACUCCCCUGGAUUGGGCGUAUGCAAUGGUGACUCUGGCAGUGCUCUCCGUCGUGCCUCUGACGGUCAUCAAAUCGGUAUCACAUCCUGGGCCUUCAUUUGCGCACUCGGUGCUCCUGACAUGUACGUCAGAGUCAGCACUUACCAGGAUUGGUUGAGAUCCGUCAUUGUUUGAGAAGAAAACUUUGUUCUACGCUCAAAUUAUACCUUUUAAUAUUAUAUUAUAAUUUGUUAUUGUCUUAAAUAUUAAGUAUUUAUUGUCUAUUUAUGCCAAUUAAUAAAUUUAAGUGAAAAUUGU